CAGGAACAAAAGCCAUCAUCAGAAGGAGAUUUAAGGGUCAGAAUUGGAAACACCAUAUUGAAGAUGAUGACCUCAUAGACCUGAUAGGGUUUAGCCAAGCACAGGGAAAAGAUGAAGAAGAAAAUGAAAUGGAGGAAAGAGAUAAUGAGGGCCAUUGGAAACAAGGUGAGACAAUUCUGCAUGUGAAUGCUACAGAGGAGGCAGGAGGAGAGAAGCUCCAACAAGAAAGUCCUGCUCCCAGGCAGCGGGAGAGGGAGGAGGAGAGGAGCUGCUAGAGAAUGCUCAGCUGCUGCUUCAGCUCCAAGAGUUGGAAAAAGACAAUGCACGUCGCCUGCUGCAGUGGAAACAGGAAGAGGCAGACAGAGAGGACAAACAGAAUGCGGAGGUGAAGAAGGCACUGCUGGGUGAGGAUGUACUACAUGACCUACCUAGCAGUGAAGAGGACUCAGUGGUUCAUGAAAAAUUUGAAUUACCUAUUCAACCACAAAUGUCAAAGUCCACCAAAAGGCCUAUAAUGGAUUUGUGUGGAAACAACUCCAGAGAUAUCUCCAACACUACUUUAUCUGUUGACCAGUCUACAGAUGAUUUUUUGUUCAGGCAAGAGGUAAAGAAUAGCAAAGAACAGGUUAAGACAGAGACCCAUAAAGCCCAAAUCAUAUCAAGCGCACCUUCAUCCAUCAAAACCAGUCCAGUGUCCUCUUCCCAUGUGGCAGCUGGAAGAUCUCACUUAUCUCAAGGCUUUCAUGCUUCUGUGGGCUCUCAAGCAAUGGGGUCUGUGACACAGCAGAUCAGACAGCGACUGCAUGUUGGAAGCACCCACAUGGGGCAUCAUAAUGAUGGUCUGGAGUCAGAUGACUCAGUGACAUCAGACAGUGAGAGGGUUGACGUUACCAAGUAUUAUCCGAAUCUUUUGGGAAAUGCACGCAGCUCCCAUCUUGACUUCAACAUCGCUGAUGAUGAUGUUCUGUCAUUCACAUCAACAGAGUUUGAAAAUGAUCUGCCAGCAAGUGCAGGGCCUUUUUCUCAAGACAUUCUUCUUAAUUUGGAUCUUACAGAUCCAGCAUCAGUGGUCCAUGUGCAGGAUCACAUGCGAGAAAUGAGACGCCAAAUAGAGCAGGAGAAGAACCAGCGUGGAAACUUGGAGAGUAAACUCCGUCUGUUGGGAAAGGAAAAACAGGACCUUUUCAAGAAAAUCGAGAGUCUUUCUGAGUCUAAACAUAGUCUAGCAGAAAACAACCUGGAACUUGAGGCAAAACUACGGUCUCUGGAAUACAGCCUGUCAGAGGAAACAGAGAAGAGGAAGAAUGCAGAUCUGCUGCUUGGGAAGACUAAAGAGCAGCUUGCACGCAAAGAGCAGCAGUUCACAAGUGAGGUAGAGGCCAGGCAACAGGCAGAGCUAACAAUGCGGAACAUUCAGCUGGAGAUGAGAGCUGCACAAAAUACCAUCAAAGAGCUGGAAGAGGAGAGAGAAGAACUAGAAAGACACCUGGAGCAUGAACAUAAUGCCCGUAAGCUGCAGGAGCAGAUAAAUGAUGAGCAGAUGAGGCUUGUUCAGCAGCACAACCAGGAAACACUAUCAGCCAGCAGGGUGGAGCAUGGCCAGGGUGAAUGUGGUGUUGACGGAAGUGGCCAAGAGGAAAGAGACAAAUUAAAUGCAGAGAUAUAUGCUCUGAAGAUGGAGAUGGAGCGACAGAGGUCAAGAUUGAAGGAUGAGAUCAAUCUCAUAUACACAGAAAAUGAAGAACUCCAGGCUAAAAUAGAAGACCUCAGAAAUGAGCUGAAACUGAAUGAAGAAGCAUUUGCCCAUGCUACAAUUCAGUAUAACAUGCAGGCUGGCAGCCUGCGCACAGAAGUCAUUGCUAUCAACUCAGCUUUGGAUAAGGAAAGAGUGACCAGAGAAAAACUAGAUGCCGAGUUGGACUCGCUCCAAAAACGCAUGUUGAGCUUGGGUCAGGAGAAAGACAAAGCUGUGCAGGUACGUAAUGAACUGGAGAGAGAGAUUCAGCGAGAGCGACAGUCUUGGGUUCUUGACAUGGAGCGUAAAGAAGAUGAAAUCAACAACCUCAAAGAAAGCAUUCAGCAUCAGAAUCAGAAGAUUCUGGGAAUGGAGUCAAAACUAUCUGCUAUGGAGAAUGAGCUGCAUGUGUCAAGCACAUUGCUGAUGGAGAGGACAAGCCAACUGCAGCACUUGAAGCAAGAGGUGGAACGCUACAAGGCAGCUCAAGACAACCGUGAUUCAAACAUCCGCUUGGAGAAGGAACUGACAACAAAACUUCAAGUGAAAAUAGAAAACUUGCAAGAUAGGCUAACACAAUCACAACAUGAAGUGUUGUCCUUGAAGCAACAGCUUGAAAGCCAGCAUGCUGCAGGGCUUGCCGCCUCAAGUUCUGACUCCAAUGAGAAAUUAAAUACUAUAAUCUCCAGCCUUCGUUCGGACAAUGACAGGGCCAAGGGGAUGCUUGAGGAGCGAAAUAACAGUCUUCUAGAGCAAGUUUCGCAGUUGAAAGAGGAAGCAAGAAAUGCUGAUAACCGCUGCAUUACUUUAGAGGCUGAAUGCAGGCGACUGCAAGCUGACUUGGCAGAAGUCAGCUGCAAGUUGUCUUUGUCGGAAGGUCAGCUGCAAAUGAUGAUAAAGGCGCGGGAUGAGCUGGAGCACGAAUGUGGACGUCUGAAGCUAGAAGUAGAAAAGUCAAAUCAAAAGUCUGGCAUUGCACAAGAAAAAGUAUUGGAGGCCCAGACCAGAGUGUCUGAAUUGACUGAGCGGCUAGACCGGGCAGAACGUACCUCCACCCAGCAUCUGGCCAACACUUCUGCCAGUUUCACUGCAUUCACCCGUUCUAAGGAAGAGCUAGAAGACAACAUGCAUCGCCUUCAGGUUGACAAUGCUCGUCUGGAAGCAGAAUUGCGCCAUGAGCGGGAUCGGGCAGAAAUGCUGCAGGCAGAACUCUCAGAUUCUGAUAAGAUAUCUUCAUAUGGAAAGAAUUUUAAGGUGCGGAAUUCUCUGGAAGCUCUGUGCUCAAACCUCAAGUCAACCACAGCACACUUAGAGGAGAAGCUAGGGGAGGAAGCAGCUUCUCGUGUAAUAUUUGCCAGCGAGGCCAGGGAUUCUAAAGGGCUCUUGGAACAAGAGCUUGCUGCUAGAUCCAGGUUAGGUCUUAGGGUGGUGAGGCUGGAGAAAGCUAACAAGAUGGCCCAGAUGAAAAUGGAAGAGGCGAGGCGAAUGACUGGUAACUUGGAAGGACAGAAUGCCAGUCUUGAAGCUCAGUUGGCAGAAAAGACUCAGACGACUGUACGUUUACAGAAAGAGGUGGCUAAUUUGAGAGCUCAUCUUAAAGCUGCAAAGAAGAAAUUGAAAGAAGGAGGCAAUACAGCCCUUCCCCUGGGGGCAAGCCAGUACUUAGAGUUUCAGAAGGAGAUUCCCACAGAGAGUGGGAAAGUGUCCACCCCACGUGGUGGCGGUGGCGGUGACAACAACAUUGACAGUCACCACCACUUUCACCACAUCUACAAAAAGGAAGGUGGGUUUACUGACUUGGAGAACCUACAGCAGGAACUAGAAGCCAAAUAUCGCAGGGAACUCAACCGCAAGCUGGAAGAGGUCAAUGCUUACUUGGAAAACCAAGCCAGGGCUAACGAUCGCCUUAAUAACUCACACUCUGAAAAUGAAGCCAGACUUCAAGCCGACAAACGACGGUUGGAGGAGGAGAACUCAAAUCUGCGGCUGCAGUAUGAGCAAGCCGUGGCACAGCGAGAGAGUCGAGAGACUGAGGCACGUCACUACAAACAGCUGUAUGAAAGUGAGUUGCGCUGGCGAAGCAGGGUUGGUGACCAGCUGUUCAUGUCAUCCUCUGAGAAAUCUUUGCUUCAUGGGCUUCGACUGGGUUCCACUGAGCGGUUAAAACCCAAGCUUCACAACAGCAUCGGAAACCUUAGCAUGUCUGCUUUAACAGAUGGCUAUGUUGAUAGCAGUCAGAUUGGUGCAAAUCACAGCGAGGCCCUUAGCAACAAAAUCCGAGCAGAGCUGGACCGAAGUAUUUCCAAGCACUUGGAGGCUGCUCCUCACAAAGAUAUUAUGCCAGUGGUUCAUGACUCAGAGCACCUCCUCUUGAGUCACUCACUGGCCCAGUCCAGCCGUGAUUACAUUCAAGUUCUCAAGCGCAAGUAUUGUGUCUGACCUUGACACUGUGAAUCAACAGGCAAUGCCAAGACCACCCAAGCCUCUGACUUGUUGUUAUUGUGGAUGUUAUUGGCCAGAUGUAUGGGGAUCUGUGUUUCACAUGUCAAACAUCACCUUACUACCUCCUUGACAGGCACUGUUUGCUUUUCUCAGGUUAAAGCACAAAGCAGCCUAUUUUAAAGAUCAUCGCUGUUUUUGUGUUGAUUUAUUACAGUUUUAUUGACCCUUUUUAUUUAAAGGGGAUGGUAAACUGGCUGAUGAAUCAACACAAUUUUUUCUGUCCACAUAUUUGGCUGUGUAAGGAAGAUAAGAUGAGGUAGAAUUUUUUUUGUUUCUUGUAUAUUUACACAUACUGUCCAGUGCUCCUGCAAAACUUAAAUCCAAUGAUAACAAAGUGUCUGUGAGAAUAAGAUGAAGAUUAAGUAAUGAAAUCAUGAAGAAGCCAAAUCAUGUUUGAUGACUCUCCUGUGUUUUUUGAGUGUUUCUUGCUAGAAUUUAUGUCUGUAGUCAAAGGACAAUGACUUGGGAGUGAAGCAAUCAGCAGUUAUUUAGAGAAAUCUGUUCCCAGCAUGGAACAGAAAUAAAAGAAGGCUCUAGUUAUCACUGACCAAAUAAAGGGUUUAAAAAAAAACAUUGUGUAAUAUGUGAGCGCCCGUCCAUAACCUUCCUUGCAAUAUGUUUUCUGUGAUAUGGUCUGAGCUCAUGCUUUCUCUGUAUAUGACAGUAUGAAUGUUGUCCAUUGUCCAUGAGUGCACAGGGCUGUCAUGCAGCAGAUCACAAGAGAAGGGUAGAAACCCAGUGUGGGUGGGGAGCUAGUCAGGGUUUAUUUGUUGGUGGUGACCGAGUUUAAAUGCAUGCUUUUUUUUUUGUUGCUUUUCUUUCUUUUGAUGAUUGCAUGUUACAAGAUUUAACUGACUUAAACUUCAAUGCAAUCCAAGCUUGUGCCCAGUUUAGUGUGAAAAAGUGUUCUUUUUAAAGAUGGGAGAGGCCAGUAGUAUUCUAACAAACAGAUACAUGUCUUCUGUUGACAGUGUACAAAUAUUAGCAGUUUUAAUAACCUGAAAGAAAAUGUGGUUGGCAAUGCUUGUUAAUAUUUGUUUUUAUGUACUGGUGCAAUUAUAUUGGCUUUGCUAUACGCAACAAGUACCUUGCAGCAUGUUGAAUGCAUAAUACUUAGUUGCCUUUUUAUCUUUCCCUUGUGAAAGAGGAAUGGCUGUAAGUGGCUAUUCAUAUUGUAUUUACCUUAACUGCCAGAUUAAAAAAUGCAUUUUCUCACCACAAAUUAACAAAAGCAAUUAUUUCACCUCCCCUCCCCUACCCAAAGUCUCAAGUUUUUCUGUAGCUUAAUCAUUAGUGUUUCCCAGUAAGCAGUAGCAUCCUUUUCAUCUGAUUUUUACCUGACUAGUAGUUAACAAACUGUGUUCACAGAGACUUAGAUUCAAGUGUAAUCUGCAGGUAUAAGAAACCAAGGUCUUUACACUGUGUGUAGAUACUUAACUCUUUAUUAGUUCUUUCUUUUUGGCAGGUACAAGAAUAAUUUUCAUAAGUAGAUACAAAUAGUUUUAUCUUGUAGAUAUCAAUAUAGCUUUUUUAUUAGCAGAUACAAGUAGAGUUUUAUGUCAUUAGUGUAUUCAAUAUGUGCAUUUCAAAUCAGUGUUUCCUGCUUGUGCGAAAAUAAGUUACAUCUCAGAAACAGCUGAGUUGGUUAUGUAAUCCGUCCACCAAUAUUUUCUAACCAUGUCUCAUUUGUGAACUUUUCUUAAUUUUUUUGUUAUUCUAAUUUGGCGUUUUGAAUCUUUCAAACUUGCAUUUAAUCUGAUGAAAUCAAUUCAUUGGUGGGCCUGCUUCACAGCAGGUGAGGACUUACGCUUUGCAGUGUCUUAUGACCGUGUGUGGUACAUGUAUAAAUCACUUUUGCUAUGUAGAGAUGGCCUAUACUAGCUUCAAAGCCGUUUCUGAUCACUUUCAGACACAGCCUUUUGCGCAGUUGUUAAUACAGAUGCACAUUGUUUGAAAGUUUCAUUUGCAGGGACCUUUUAAACUGAGUCUUCUUAACCAAACAGUAAUGAUUUCUUUGCAUACAUAAAGUCUUACCCUCUUGUAUAAAAACAUGAGUAAUAUGAGACAUUUUUUUUAUCAUUCACAAGGAACUUUACACAUUUUGGAUGAUACCAGGAACAAAAUGCUUGUAGUCAUAUAAGCCUCAGUGUUUAUACCAUAUUUUCUCAUCUGUCUUCUUUCGUUUCAUAGGAUGAGGACUGCUGGCAAUAACUGCUACAGCUUGAGUUGACUGUCCUGAGAGCUUAUAAAAAUAGUUUUUGAUAUUCAGCUUAUUAAGUUAUAAACCAUUUUUAGAACAUCUUUUGUCUAAAAUAUGUCGUAAAUUCUGUAACAUCUUAAAAAUCUUUAAAAACAUAAAGCUACCAGAUUGUUUAACACUCAUUUUAGUUAUGCAACAGGGUUUUUAUCUGUCACUUUAUUGAAAUUUUAUCUUUUUACUUUGUUCUGCAGUCUGUCCAUGAUAAGAACAGCUUGAACAGUAUUCUCAAUAUAUAUAUACUGUAUGUUUAAGGUAAUUGGUGAUCAACAAAUUGUCAGAAUAGCGUUCAGCAGUUUGUUUGUACCAGAAUUUGUUUUAUUGAGCUUGGGUAAACAUUAUGCUAUGCCUUGUUUACAGAAGUAACAGGCACAUGAAAUUGUUUGUACUUUCUUCACUCCAGCUGCUCAAUGACAGAUGAAUUGACUGCUGUGUAUGUGUGCAUGUUUGUGUGAUGAUGUAGGUGUGUCUUCAGAAUGAUCUAGAUGUAAGAUUGUUUUUAAAUAGUUUUCUGAUGCACCACUUGCCUUAUCCUUAUCUUGUUACUAGCACUUGCUCUGUCUUUAUUUUUGUAACCUUUGUAAUUGAACACACUUCCCGAGUAUAAUUGCCCACUGGGAUUGAUAAAAUUGGUCAUUCAUUUCAUUUGGGUUUUUGAAAGUAGUAAAAUGCACUGGGGAUGGGGACAAAUACGACUAAUCAAAAGGUGUCUGUGUCCACCCACCAUAGUGCCUGCCAUGUAGCAAACAAAGAAAUGGAACCUGGCUACAAAUUUUCGGCUUGCAAAGGUCAGUUCAGUGUAACAAAAAAGCAGUUGAAAGUGCUCUCAUGCUGUUCAUUUGAAAGUCUUCCUGCAAAGUUCACAGCUCCUGUGACAGCUGCACAGCCCUAACCAGAUGCAGUGUCCUGAAGCAUGAGCACAGUUUUGUGUGAUUAUGUAUGCAUGUGGAUAUGUAUUUAAACAUAUGUACCUGCUUCAUAAAUUGUUCUCCACAGUGUUGCAGCUACUUGGGACAGUGAUUUGGCUCUUGGUUUUGCAAAUUGUGAUAAUGAAUUGAUAUUAGGAUGGUUUGUAUGGUGAAGUUGGCUUAGAUUUUUUUCCAGUCUUUUGUCUGUGGAGUAUACUUGUUUCUGAAUUAACCAACAGUUGCAGGGUACAUUUCUACUGCAAUAGAAAGUUAAUGCUUGCAAUGUUUACUUGGUGGUUUGGUGGACGCUCGUCCUGUCCACUAGCCUGAUGAUUUUAUUUUUCCCCAUAAACUUGAAAAGUUAAAGCAAGUUGUUGUAAUGGGCUUGCAUGUUUUACUUCAGGCAGAGAUCACAUUUUACACCACAUUAAGUUACAACCUUAUUUGUUUGCAGUCUUUUUUAUUAUCAAACCUGAAUAGUGUUAUUAGCAAUUUUUUAUUCACAUAUUAAUACAUACUAUAUAUUGUGUGUACAUCAAAGUAUCUUUAGACAAUGCUCUGACCCUAGUACAAAGGCAGGCUAUAUUUUAGGGUAAGUAUUUUGGCCUUGUUAGCUGGGAGAACUACUUUUUCCUGCUAUCUAAGGUAUUUCAUGGCUGCAAGUAUAGCUCAAUAAUCCUGCAUAGCAAUGGUUGUUUUUUUUCUUUUUUAAAAAGGCAAUGUGAGAUUUUGCCACUUUUAAAAUAUAUUUGAAUGAACAUUAUUGGAACAGUUUUGAGGCCAAAACUGACUUGGAAUAGAAGAUAUUGUGAAAAUUUAUACUCUUCUUUGAUCCUUUUGAGUGUCCAAGUGAAACUUCUGGGCUAGAUUGCAAAAAUGUGUAUUUCCAUUUUACACAUAAAGGAUUCUAUAAAUUUUGUGUGUUAGAAAGUGUUUCAGCCACUUCUUUGCGUGAAAAUGAAAAGCACAAACUUUGUGCAUCCUAGCCUAACCUUCCAUAUAAAAAAUCAAAGUGUAAAAUUUUUAUUAUCUGUUUGUAGAGUAUCAAACACUUACUUUGUACACAGAAUGACCUUGAACGACUCCAGUAACUUCCAGAUAUCUUGUGUCAUCUAGCUUUUGCACUGAAAAUAAUCGAGUAGAUGUGCAUCUGCAAUCUGUUAUAAAGGUCAUUUGCCACAGCUCCUGGAGCUUUGCCUUGUGUUUCAGAGUCUACUUACCUUGAACUAGUAAUAGACUACAGAUUUACAUAUGCGUGGCCUCAAACUGAUAUUCUUAGUGCUGCAAGGUUGCACUUUGCUGAGGCAGACCUAUUUUACUCCUGAAAGGUGUAUUUUUUUUAAAGGUAUACUUUCCAACUGAUGCUAUACAAACUGUAAGAACCUUUUGUCCACAAUAUAAUGUGCUAUAUCUUACACCUUGUUUAAAUAGUACAAUAUAUACAAAUACUGCAGUGGCAGUCUGUUAUUUAUAUUACAGCAUAUACUUUUUAAUAAGGUGACCAGACGUCCCGCGUUUGGCAGGACAGUCCCGCUUUUGACCUCGUGUCCCGCCUGAAUAUCGGGCGGGAUGCCCAAUGUCCCGCUUUCUGGGUUUCUGGCAAGUCCAUCAAAUGUC